AUGGCAGGCGCGCGAGGAAAGUCGCAUAAGGCGGCGGAGUCGGCUACUCCAAGACGGUCAACGCGGAGGGCCAAGAAGGAACAGGAGGAUGCAGGCGUACCAGCCGUGUUCCAAGAAAUGCUGCGCGAAGAGCAGGCCAUGAGCACAGACGAACCACCGCUCAAGAAGAGAAAAACGGCGCCUCCACGACGACAACCAAGCCCGGAACACCAUGUUGAGCCCGUACGACAACGACGACCGCUGACCGAUGCUCCGAAGUCGCCACUACCCGUACCGUCCCAAGCCGAAGAUGCUGCAUCACAAUCCCAGAUGCCGUCGCACACGCGAUCGCGGCCCAUCGCUCAGGCCCAAUCCGUCACUGACGAGGAACCGCCUACGAACGAGCGAAUGCGCCAGACUAUCAUCGACUCGGACGAGUCAGAUGACAGCGAUAUGGAGUGGGAAGACGCGCUUGCCGAUGGCGACGAGAGCGAUGACCCCGACGAAGGCGUUGAGGCUGCACCCAAGAUUGGCGACAUCAAUAUCACCAUGGGAGCCAAAAAGACAGAGGACACUGGGACAAGGAGGAAGGUGCGUCGGCGGGCCAUAACCUCGGUGGACAAGAAGCGACGUUUGGAUAUCCACAAGAUGCACAUUCUCUGUCUGCUCUACCACGUCCAUCGCAGAAAUGCCUGGUGCAACGACAGGAGGGUACAAAGCACGCUACGUAAAAUUGUGCCCUCCAAGACCCUAUCCAAUCUGGUACCCAAUCCCGACUUGUCGCAGUACUCGGCCUCGAAGCAAUUUAUAGAUGGGUUGAACGAGCUAAAGGUACUGUGGUCGAAGCGGUUCAGAAUCACGGCUCAAGGCAUGUACAAGCCUAGAUGGGCAGAAGCCGAAGCCGCCAUCCGACCCUUCUCAGACUUUGACGACCUUGAUGACCCUAUGGACAAGGAUGAAUUUCGCACCGCAGCGCAUACUUUACAAGGAUCUCAGGACGUCGGAACGCAAUUGUUUUGCGCUCUUCUUCGUGGCAUCGGUAUUGAGGUUAGGCUUGUCUGCUCGCUACAGCCAUUACCUUUUGCUUCUGCAGCCGAGCGUGCCACCCCGCAGAAGACCAGCGCUCAGAAAAACACGAUAGUUGUCGAUCCGUACAACAAGCCGGCAGAGCCGAGUCCAACGAAACCCAAGUCACAGGGCCCGCGUAACAAGAAAUUAUCCAGACUCGAGCGUGUGAUGGGGGAGCGACAUGCUGUUCUGAACAAGACAGGUGUAACACCCAAGAAACAGAAAGCCUAUCACACGCCGUAUCCAGUGUAUUGGGUGGAGGUACUCAACCCUUCUUACCAGAAGUGGAUACCAAUCGAUACACACUCUACAUUUACCGUCAACUCGCCUGAGAAACUAGAGCCACCGCUUAACUUUGUGCAGAACCUCCUCUCCUAUGCGAUAGCGUUCGACGAAGACUAUACUGCCAAAGACGUCACCCGAAGAUACGCGAAAGCGUACAAUGCCAAGACGCGGAAAUACCGUGUCGAAAUUACCCCUGAUGGCGAUAGAUGGUGGAAACGGGCGAUGCAAUUCUUCCAGCGUGGGACCACUCUUGACAGGGACCAGAUGGAAGACGCUACUUUGGCACGCAAAGAAGCUGCCGAGGGUAUUCCAAAGAACGUGCAAGACUUCAGAGGCCACCCAGUUUACGUUCUUGAGCGCCACCUCAGACAUAACGAAGUGAUACAUCCCUUGAACCAGGUCGGCAAAGUCAACUGCGGCAGUGCCAUGAACCCAAAGAUGGAACCCAUCUACCGUCGUACAAAUGUUCAUCUAGUCCGGACAGCCGACAAGUGGUAUCGUAUGGGACGGGACGUCAAAGUCGGCGAGCAGCCACUCAAGCGCGCCAAACCCAAGAAAGGAAGAAGGUCUUCGAUUGGAGCAGACAUGGAUGUCGAUGAGCAAGUCGACGAGGUUGGUGCGGGGCUCUUUGCAGAGUUCCAGACCGAGCUCUACAUCCCUCCUCCCGUUGUCCGAGGGCGCGUGCCCCGUAAUGCUUACGGUAAUCUGGAUCUCUACGUCCCGUCCAUGUGUCCGCCCGGCGGUACGCACAUUCGACACAAGCUCGCAUCGAAAGCAGCGCGUAUCGUUGGGGUAGACUAUGCCGAUGCUGUCACUGGCUUUUCCUUCAAGGGUCGCCAUGGUACUGCGAUCGUUCAGGGUGUCGUGGUUGCACAAGAGUACGCAGAGGCUGUCCAGGCAGUCAUUGAUGGAAUGGAGCACCAACAAGAAGAAGCUGAAGCCGAAGCGCGAAGGGUUGAGUCUCUCCGCCUAUGGAGACGUUUCUUCCUUGGCCUUCGUAUCGCACAACGUGUCAACGCUAUCGAGAUUGAUGGCGAGAAAGGCCCGGCCAUUGAUGUUCAAGAUGAGAUUAGUAAAGAGGACAGAGAGCUGGCAGCACAGGAAAUGGCAGGAGGCUUCUUCCCUGAUGAGGGAGAUGUUGCCAAACCCUCGGCGGGUGGCUAUCAGCCACCUGAGCAAAAUUAUGGAGAUGGCGGGUUCCUGCCCGAGGAUGACAACGAAGACGAACGCGAUGGAGGCGGCGGCUUUAUCCCAGAAGAAACCGACCGUCCAGCGCCUAUCAGUCUGAACCGACAUCAAAGCUUUGAAAGCUCCAUCCUGGACUCGCAACAGCUGCUCCCUCGGCGUAGGAGUAGCUAUGGUCAAAUUUACUCUUCUGAGGAUGAAGAAGGCGGAGGCUUCGUUCGGGACGGCUCUUCAGACGAAGCAGGUCCCUCCACUGCUACCAAAGACGCCAAUGCCGGGCCUUCGCAGCUUGACGAAACUGCAGAAACCGCCGGAGGUUUCAUACCAGAAGCAGAACUCACCAACGACGCGCAGUUGGAAAAACCCGAAGAAGCUACAUCCCCAAAGCAAUCCGAUGACCUCGAACCCAAACCCAAUACCGACACCGAAAUGCCCUCUCCACCCUCCUCAUCCCCAUCAGAAACUGGCUCCCUCAUGAUGGAAGACCCCGAAGACGAAGACGCUGAUCCUGACUGGCUGGUCGAUGCUACGUAG